GGGGCGGGACCACGCAUGCUCAGGCAACUUCAGUGGGACUAAGUAGCCUUGAGCUGAAAUACUUCUAUAAAGAACAUUCUCACAUCUAUAUGUUGGUUACUUUGAAGUGCAUCUUCCUAGAAAGGGCUAGCCAUAAGAAAUGAAUUCUAACGUCUGGAAUAUCAAAGAGAUGCUCAGUAUUCCCUCAGGUUCUGGGACCACUAAUUCCUCUAGCUGGAAUAAUAAUCAGACUGAUCACUCCAGUCUCAGUGAUUCCCAGUUCCUCUUUGGAUCACAGUUCUGUCCAGAAAGUUCAGAGACGCUGUCAGCACCCUUGGACUCUGGUGUCUACUUGAGACACCCAAAACAGUCACAACAGAAUUCUCUGGACAGUGAACCAAGUAUUUUCACAAAAUACCAGACAAAACCCCAGCUAUUUGGGGGAAAUACAAAUGAUAGAGGCUUAUUUCCUCUUCCUUUGUCAGUUGGAAAAUCAAAGGGCCUCUUGGAACAAUUUGAGGAGAAAAAGAAAAGGGCAAAAGACAAAUGUGACAGUGAGACUCUAUACAACUUCAUUUCCCAUAUUAGAGAAAGCAUUCACAAGUUGCAGGCAUCUGUGGAAAAGUCUGAGGAACAUCUCAGUUCAAGAAGUCAAUCUAUUUUAGAUUGUUUGGAGACUGUGGCCAAGACAUUGCAAGAGACUGUGCAGGCCCAGAGUGAUCUGCUGUUGGGAACUGUGCAUGACAAAGGCAACAUGGAGCAGGUUAUCCUCGAGAUACGGGAGAGAUUUGAAGCUAGACAAGCAGAAUUUAUAGAAAUGAAGUCCGACCUGAAGCACCUUGAAGUUUUAGUUGCCCAGCAGAGUAAGGACUUCCAGCAGCUGUGUGAGCAGCUAGGCCAGCUGAAUGUGGCCAGCGUCCUAGCAGAGCUGAAGAGAUUGAUUUCAGUCCCUCAGGUACCUGGGCAUGUGAAAGACAGCACUUCCCAGACCUCACUACCUCUGGCCCAGAGCCUCAGUUUCACCAGGCAGGACACAUAUGCCUCUGAGGAACCAGAUAUGUGGCAGACUCAGGCCAUCCCUGCUGUCUGGAAUCUUAGUAUGGGCUCCCUGCAGCCUGGGGAGUUUGCUAUCUAUACUGAGGGAGCAAAAAGUGAUGCUCUCCAAGGAGAGGCUGUGCUGAUGGCCGCUGGAACCGGCAAAAGAAGCAGGCGAGUAAAGGACAAGGCAGUGCAGACCAACUGCCAGAAUUGGACUCUUAAUAAAACCAGCCCUGAGAAUCAUGGCUCUGGUUCCUCAGGCCACAAAGUUCCUUGUGACUGGAGCUGGGUUUCCCAAGGAGCCUCAAGGUUUAUACCCCUGGACUUUGAAUCCAGCAUUAAGAACACUUGCCAAAAAUGUCAAGCUGAAGGUGUGCUUUCGUGUGCCCCUUGUGAACAAAGGCUGGUGACUGCACAGAAAGGCAGAACUAUGGAAAGAGGGGGGAAAGGCAAGAAGCAGCAGCCCAGGAAAUCCCGCAGAAGCAGGCUCCUAACCAGGAAGCAAGAACAAACCCCUAGCAAAACCUGUGCUUUCAAUUCUAAAUAUCCUCAGCUUCCAGUUUCUGGCCCACAAAGGCUCCCCCUGGAGCAGCAGGAACUCUUUGCUCAGUCCCUGCAUCUGUGGGGCUCCAGGACUCCCACAAAACCAGUCAUCCCUGUUCUGAGAGCAACAGUCAUGCCCAGUAAGACAGUGAGGGCAGCACAGGAGAACAUCUUGCAGCUCAGUGGGCAUUCUUCCAAAGACAACAGCCUGCUUUCUAAAAGUUCCCUGGGGGACCACCAGAUGAGCUGGUUCAGUGACCUCAACCUUGGAAGUUCAGAGUCUCCUCUGUGCAAGGAUCCAGGGAAGAAUAUGCUAUAUGAUCUGGGUUUUGACAGCAGUGAUGAUGGCUUUUGACCAGCCCACAGUCUGACUUCAGCUGAUAGUUUAUUGGUCUCAGCUGGAAAGACAAAUUCUAGAACACUGGGGCUGGCUAACAGCAGAAAGUCCCUGAAGCCUGACUGGAGCCCUCAGGCUCAGAGGGCCUGCUGGGGGGGUGGUGGUCAGUGUAGGACAGGUGCAGGGCAGGGGAGUAGCUCUGGUGUUCUGGGUACCAGGUGCUGCCCAUGACAAGCAUAAGGGAUAAUUGCAUCCUUAUUUAUUGGAGUGAAGCACAUGGAGACGACAGUGAUGAGCUGGAGCAGCAGCCUGGGUGUAGGGCAUCAGGAGGAGGGUGAUUUUGGUGAAAGGAGGACUGGCCUCCAUGUGGAAUACUGAGUGGCAGAAGGGCUCUCACAGAACUGUUGCUGUGGCAGCAAGACUCCCAAACAUUUUUGGUCUUCAUGGUAUUUCCUACACCUGACCAAUACCUAUCCAGGCCUCGGGAUUUUUAAAAUUAUUUUUAUCCAGUUUUACUGUCAGAGCACUUGCAUGUUUUGAUCAGUGGACAUAUUACAGGACACACUGUCUUCUUGUGAACAGAGAAACAGAGAAUGUUAAGCUGCCAAUGAAAAGAGGUGACGGGCACCCAAUAAAUUCCCAGAGCACCACUGUAUACAAGCCACACAAUCCCAUUUUUCUUCCUGGCUGUUUUUCCUAUGCUGUUUGCAACCACCCUUCAAGCUAAUGAGAGCAUCUAAGGGCCCUGUAUUAUUUCCAGAGAGCAAUAGGCUUAUGUGAGACUUUGGCUGUCUAUUCAUAUCUUGCAGAAGUUUUGAAUUUUUGUUAUACAUAUAUGUAUAUUUGUUUUAUAACAAAAAAUAAAAAUUUUUAAAAGCAUAUUUUUUUCAUUAUGUUUAUUGAACUGAUCUCCCAACAACUUAAGAAAAUCAAAUAGGGUGCCUGGGUGGCCCAAUCGGUUGAGCUUCCGACUUUGGCUCAGGUCAUGAUCUCACAGUUCGUAAGUUUGAGCCCCACAUCAGGCUCUCUGCUGUCAGUACUGAGCCCAGAUCCAGCUUCAGAUUCUCUGUUCCCCAGUUCCCCUUUCUGCCCCUCCCUGACUCGUUCUCUCCCACCCUCUCUUUCUCUCUCAAAAAUGAACAUUUUUUAAAAAGAAAAUAAAAUGGAUAAGACAUAUACCAUCUUUUUAUUCCAUAGACUUCGCCCAAAUGAUUUUGAAUAAACACCACCCUAUUCAGACUAGUUUCCUUUUUCUUUUCCUUUAUUGUUUGAAAGUAAAAUUCCUCACUGGAUGGAUUGGCUUCCAGAAUUUGCCCAUUUUCAAGGCAAUGCAGUAAAUGACACUGGGACCUCUGAGUGGACCAUUAUAGAAAGCAGUGGUUCUUGAUUUUUAUUUUCAUUCUUUAUUUUCAAGGGAACGUAUCCCACAAAAGUUUGAGUUUAAUUUGCCCGCAACACCUUUGGCAACCUAAGCUGCUCUUAUUCCCGUUUCCAGACCAAGGGCCUCCUAUGACCUGUGGCUGGGAUCCUCAGGCAAUGACAGCAGCCCUUUCCAAGGCCCAGGAAGUACAGACUUGGACUCUGCCUACGACUGCCCUGGCCUUUUCUCCCCCGUGAGCCUCGCUGCAUGCCUGUUCACCCUGCCCUCUGCCAGUCUCUACUGCCUUCCACACUAGUUUUCUCUGCUUAUACAUGGGAGGAAAGGGCCCAGCCAUGCAAUGGGCUCCUUCCAACCCGUCUCAAACUGACUACAGGUGGCUGUUGAGCGGUUAGCAUGAGGCUUGUAGACCAGAGGGGUUUGUAUCUGGAAAUCUUUUAUUACUCUAAGCUGAAAAGUUUGGUCAUUUUAACUCAAAGUUGAGAUCCUGUUAAGAGAAUUCCAUUAAUGUUUAUGACUAUGGCCUUCUCAUUGAAGGGUCUGUCCAAUUUUGAAAUGCCAAAGCAGGGGGCGCCUGGGUGGCUCAGUUAAGCGGCUGACUUUGGCUCAGGUCAUGAUCUCACAGCUUGUGAGUUCAAGCCCCGCAUCGGGCUCUGUGCUCUCAGCACAGAGUCUGGAGCCUGCUUCGGAUUCUGUGUCUCCCUCUCUCUCUCUGCCCCUCCCCCGCUCACACUCUGUCUCUCUCUCUCUCUCAAAAAAUAAACAUUAAAAGAAAGAAAGAAAGAAAGAAAGAAAGAAACGCCAAAGCAGGACCUUCUGUUCUUUUGAUUCUGCUGUGAAUUACGAAAUCCUGUAUUUCUUCAGAAGUAUUUCAUUUUGUGUUAGGAAGUCAAAGAUCAGAGUGACUCAGUGUUCCAUGAGCUGGGUGUUUUUGUAGAAUGAGCAGUAAAUUUAUCUCCCAACAAGGCUGGGUUAAUUAAAAUUACACUGCCUGUCUCUGGUAAUCAUCAGGAAAGGAUAUUCUGUUUCUUAUUUUAUUCCUAAGGCUUUUUUUUUUUUUUUUUAACUACUGUGUUCCUGCCAGAAUUGGUGAGCGUGACAUAGCCCAGGCACAUCCCCAGAGCACACGAUGUUUUGCUCUUUGGAUGCUGAUAGAGAUGUGGCUACACAGGGGCAGCUAUAGUGGGAGGUCUAUGGACCUAGGGCCCAGAUAGCCACCUAGGGGCUCCUCCCUCUGAUAAUCACUCCAGCUACAUCUGAGGAUGGAAAUAAAGCCAACCACAGCACCCAAUUGUCUUGACAUUCAAGUAUCAAUCAAUAAAUUUUCAGAGAGAGAACAGCAGGUGAAGGACAGAGAGAAGGAGACAAAAUCCCAAGCAGGCUCCAAGCCAUCAGCACAGAGCCCAAUGCAGGGCUCAAAGUCACCAACCAUGAGAUCAUGACCUGAGCUGAAAUCAAGAGACGCUUAACCGUCUGAGCCACCCAGGCACCCCUCAAGUAUCAAUUUAAAUGUCCCCUACAGAGAGGUGUCUGGGGGGCUCAGUCAAGUGCUCAACUCUUGAUUUCGGCUCAGGUCAUGAUCUCAUGGUUUGUGAGUUUGAGCCCCACAUCAGUGCAGAGCCUGCUUGGGAUUCUCUCUCAAAAUAAAUAAACUUAAAAAAAAUAAUGUCACCUACAGACAGACCUUUUCCUGACCUCUUCUGUAGGAGCUCACCCUACUCACUGCCCAUUUCCUUACCCUGUUUUAAUUUUCUCCUACAGCUCCAUCUGAAAUGGCAUAUUGAUGUGCAUACUUGAUUUGCCUGCCUUGGUGGGCGGAAUAGAAAUCCCAGAAGCAAGAUCGGCAUCUGCCUCAUCCCAGUUAUAUCUUCAGCAUCCAGGAGAGUGUCUGACCUUAGUAGACACUUGACAAAUAGUGAGGGCAGGGAUUGCUUGCUUAACAUUUGAAGAGCUCUUUGCAGCCUGUCCCAAAGUCAGGUCUCUCUAGCAUUCCUUUGCAACUUUCCUUUUUUGUGUUUUGUCUCAGAAGCUCCAGAGGUCUCCUGAUGAGGGGUCUCCUGCAAUAUGCUCUCUUCUCUCCCAGGCCAGGUACCAGCAACCUCUCUCCACCCGAAAUGCCCAGAAAACAACAGGCUUUCUGCCUUCCAAACAGUUGCUUCCUACAACGGAUGAGCAAUUUUGAAAAAAUUUUCAUGCUAGGCCUUAGGCCAAAACUCAUCAAAUCAGGCAUCCUCCAGUUGGCCAAGCACAGAAAGUCCUUCCCCACUAGGGCUAGGAUCCAUUGUCAGCUAGAUUUCCUAAGUAAAACUUUGUCCACUCUAUAAAUAUUUUAACGGAACAUAAAAUAUUAACAUUCUCCCACAUACUCCAGGGAGAAAGCAAAUUGCCAGAGCUUCAGAUAGUCUUGGGAUGAAAGUCUUGUCAAUUGUUAUCUACGGUCAGGUGCAGUGGCCUCCCUGGUUCGCAUGCGCUAUUCACUGGCUACUGCCAUAUUAAAUGCCCUGUGCUUUAGUUAGAGGAGGUAGCAUCCUGGUACCAGGUGAGCCCCCAGCUGAGCCAUUCAAUAAGAGGAAGAUUGGCCUGAAUUAGGCCUCUUUUGCAAAUCCUCUUCCUCAAUUUCUUUGAUCACUGACAGCUCACAACUUCUCUGGUGGGAGGAUGGUGUCGCUGUCCUAAUCAGCACAUUCCUGGAUACACAGGUGAGAGACACAGGGCCCCAGGUUUUGUUGCCUUCUGCCUGGUCUCCUGGUCCCCUUGCGUUCUCUCCUGGGAUUAGAAGUGGAGGGUCCAAGGAGCCAGGGCAGGUGGGCCAGGAGGUGGCUCGGCUCCCCUAUUCCCCGAGUGAAGGGAGCAGGAGGCAGGGGGAGGGGGACCUGGAGACCCAGAAAUGAGAAGGCAGGCCCCAGUGCCUGACUGAGCAGGCUGGAACUCAAGAGAGGGAGAGGCAUACUAACCGGAAGUUCUCUCAGAACUCAACCUGGCAAGAUUUCAGACUCUGAUCUAGACCCAUGUGGCUAGACAGCCAUGCCCAGUAAUGUGGAGAACAUGGGAGUCUGGAUGAGGCUGAGGGCAGGGUCAACACUUCCAGCCCUUGAAUUGUCCUUUUGAAAUAAUUGUUGCUCUGCUCUCAGGCCUCAGCUGUGGUUCUCUGCUCCCUGCUGACCUUCACUCGGCCAUUGGCUCCUCUCUCCUUUCUCCUACCCCUUCUUCCUCAGCCUGCCCUGCCUGCCCUCCCGCAGGUCCUAGUAGCUUCUGUGAACCAGCUCCUGCCUUACAAAGUCUACAAAUAGAGCUGCAUAUAGAGCUGGUUUCUAGUGGCUUCGGCAUGGACACUGGUGGGACGCAGCCAGGGGACCUGAAAACCUCUUACAGGGCUGGAUGGGCCCAGCUUCUCACGUGCCUUGUGCUGUGGCUUGAAUUUGCAGUUUGCAACUAGUAGGUUCCAAAGCUCCUAUUUAUUCUUGAGGUUGCCUUGUUUCUAUUUUGAUUCUGCUAAUCCAAAGCCCAGUUUGGUGUUUCCACGGAAACAAUUCAGUGAUUGUUUAGUUUGCCAAGAUGAGCUGCGGGGGAGAGAACCAAAUGAUGUAAAACAUUUUUAGUUUCUCAAAUAGGACUAUCAUUGUCUCAAGAAGUUGUUGGUCCCAGCCCCCUGCAAACCCAAGGAAAUAUUCUAGACUCCUUUUCCCCUUCUAGCUAAGUCUCUAGAGACCCAUUCCCCAAACCCCUGCUGUGUGCAGAUAAGCACACAUCUGCCCAGUAAAGCAGAUGACAAAGGCAGGAGGGUCUCCUUAGGACACUCAGGAAGCCAGGGAUGCAGAGACAGGAGUCCAUGUCACAAGGGAAAUGACCAUAUGGCUGCUCCUGCUAAUCUGGGACUGGAGAGCCAGAGGCUCAGGGCUCACCUGCUUUAACUGAACAAGCUAUGUUCCUACAGUGAGGAAAAGCUCCUCAUCCAAGGAUUCAGGGUGAAUUACCCCUCUGGCAAAUUUGAAGUUUUACAGAAAGGUUUAGCUAAAACAGUGGUGUAUCUGUCUGGGGGCAUGGAGAGCUGGGUCUCCCCCACCCAUGCUGAGCCUUGUUCUCAAGGACCACAGUCUCCUCCACGGCAGAAAGUCCUCUCUCUGCAAUCUUCUCAGGUUGGGGCAAGGCCCCCAUUCCCAGAAACCACUCCCUGUACAAAGACCCCGGGGGAGCGUGAAUGGAGACCUAGAGCUUCUGGUACCGGGGAUCAGGCGACUCUCCUGCCAAGGCUCUGUAAGUCCUCCCACUGUGGGUCUGGUUUCUGCUCCAGUUGCUGGGAACUGUGAAGGUCAGCUCUGGGCAGUUAGCUGGUGAGGGAUACCCUCAGCUGGCUGGUGGAGUUGGGGGUCUUAAGAAGACAUACAUGUCCACUGCAGAAAAAUUAGAAAAUAUGGACAAGAAAAAACAGGACAAAACCCCCUUGCCUUCCAUAACAAUGUCCUGUAUAUGCUGUGCUCAUACACACAUUUGUACAAACUUGGGAUCAAUUGCACUUUCAAAAAAUAAAUACAUUUUAAGUUUUAGAAUAACUUUAGAUUUACAGGAAAGUUGCAAAGACAGUUUCUAUCUACCCUUCACCCAGUUUCCCCUAAUGUUAACACCUUACAUAACUGAGGCAUAUUUGUCAAAGCUAAGAAACUAAUACAUGAACUCCAGCCUUUAUUUAGACUUCCCCAGUUUUUCCAUUAAUGUCUUCUUUCUGUUCCAGGAUGUAAUCCAGGAUACCACACUGUGUUGUAGUCAGAGUGUCUUCACUGGUCUGUGACAGGUUUCAAGUCUUUCCCUGUUCUUCAUGACCUUGACAAUCUGGAGUGCUGGCCAGGCAUCCUGCAGAACGUCCCCCAAUCUGGGUUUGUCUGACAUUUAGUGUAUGAUUAGACUGGGGAUGAGGGGCUUUGGUAAGAACACGGUAGAGGUGGAGCACCCUUCUCAUUGCUCCCUGUGGGGGUGGGUCAGCCACAUGACGUCACUGGUGGUGUCACCUUCAUCACGUGCUUAAGUGCUGUCAGGCUUCUGCACAGAAAUCUGUUUUUCUUUUUCCCUGCUCUGUUCCUUGGAAGGGACUCACUGAGUCUAGCCUGGCCUCAAGGGGUAGUGAUGGGAAACAGAGUGGAUUAAGCUCCGCCUUCUCUAUGGGAGACAAUCCACAUCAACACUUCAUAUCUGAACUACACUGUGUUGAGCCCUGGCUUUUUUGGAUCCCAAGUAGACCUCUCUCCACGCACACAGCCGUUCUUCACCUGAGCAGUACAGCUGAGGAUACUGUGAGCAUUAUUUUCAUUUGCUCCCGUCCUUUUUGCUAAGGGAGAAGAAACUGGUCCCUAACUCCACAAGCGGUGAGUGCUUAUUGAGGGUGCCAUUCCCUACAGGGACUGAAUGUCCUCUGGUUAACCUUGUCCUGCCCUCUGCCCCCCGCGGGGCAGUUGUGGUGGCUGCCUUGGCAGGGGAGGCCCAUCUGAUGAAGUGGCCAGAGGCUAGUGGUGCCAUUUGCUCCGCUAAGGGGUGGGCAUGCAGUCUCCACCUGAGAGCUCGCAGGAAUCACCAGACCUGUGUCACCAGCUCUGCAGCCUGCCCUAUGCUGAGGUCUCUAGCCUAAAAGAUGGCCUGUCAGAGGGGGGCCCUUGGCCACGGGCCUUCCUUCCCGGUUCUCUGGGUUGUUUGGGCUUUGGGUCUUACAACAGCCCCUGUGCCAGCCUCCUCAUCCCCAUCCUCCCCAUAUGAGCCCAGAAGGCAGGCACUUCCCUGAGACUCAGUUUCUGGGCAUCAAAUCUUGCCCAAUAGCUUAUGUGUCCCAAAAGAACAUCAUGAUUUUAAGACAUCUGCCAAAAUAGUUUCUGAUGAUGUCCUUGUCCUUUCUUUCCAGGAGUGUGGCUAGUGCCAGCCCUGUUAGGCUUUUGCUGCUAUGCUGACCUCAGGGGAGCAGUGGGCUGGCUCCUCCUUCACUCCCUGCCCAUCUUGCCCUAGCAGGGUCAUUGCUACAGGGAUUCUCUGUGGCCUCCAGGGUCUCCAAGCCUGGAGUGGGAUGCAUGAAGGUGGGGCAUUGGCCCAUGGGCAGGACCUAUGCUUACCUUUUCAUCCCAUUGCCCUUGGCUGAGGGCCCAGGGGUCUGAUGUGCAGAGUGUGGUGGGGAGGCCUCAUGGGAAUGUCCUGUCGGGAGGGGACCGGCCUCUCCAACAUAACCAUGAGGUCCCUGUAGAGGCCUUCAAGCUGAACAGGGGCAGGGCUGGGGGGCACUGAUGAGAAGUUGGUCUAGACAAAAGGAGAGCAUGGAGCCCAUGCAGAGAACAGGCAGCCCUGUGUGGAAAGUGUGCAAGGGUGGCAGAGGGCCUGGGGCCACAAGUCUGUGUAGGCUGUGCUGGCCUGAGGGCUGGUCCCAGGGGAUGCUCAAAGCUCACCCUGGUUGUGGCCCCAGUACUUACUUAUUCAGGGGCCCAUGGGAAAAUAAUACCAGGAGACACAGCAGAGGCCCACAACCCAUACCUGCCUUGGGUACCGGAUGUAUUCAACAUCAAUCAAAGACACAUUUGAGAUGUCAAGAAAAGUGAAAAGCAAGUCAACAGUAAGAAACAUUUCAAAGCAACAGAAAAAAAAUAAAAAAAGGGGCUUUCAGAUCAAAAAGGGACACAACUAGAAGUUAAAGAGGGUGUGGUAACCCAGAUUCUGCCAGCCCACAGUGGCCCACAGUGACACUGAUCACUGCCUGAGAGACAGCCUCCUGCUGGAAAGAACCAAAGCCGUCCUUACUCAAUUUGGUAUUUAAAAGAGGCCAUCAAAUUGUAGUCCUCUUCCAAGUCCAGCACAGUCUCGACGAUACUGUGAUCAUCAAAAGCCUGCUUGAGGCUGCCAGGCUCUGCAUCUGAGGCCUUCUGAGGGCUCUCAUCGGAGAGCAGAGCCCAGACCUCCUCCCUGAAGGGCGAGCCUCCGCAGCGGCCACACACACGGCUCAGCGCAUUUUCAAAUUCUAGCUUCCCAGCCAGUUCUUCAAUAGCUCGGAUGCUUGCAUGGUCUUAAAAAUAAGAACAUCCAGCAUUACAAUUCCAGUGAGAGGCUCCCAAAGCCAUUUCAGGCACAAGUUAAAAGCCACAAAUGGGCACUCACUCUUCAGGGACUGUGCCAAGCCUGGCAUUCCCGCCCUGAGGUGGGCAGGCUGCUACAGUAGGUGCCUAAUUUUUAGAUGGUCUUGAUGCCCUCCCUCCCAGCUCCACAUUUAUUAAGCCCAACUACCUGCCAGUCCCCAAGGAAGGUGUAAGUGGGAGGACACAGAGAUGCACAGGCUUGUCUUGGAUCUCAGGGAACUCCCUGACCUGCAGGCAUGACCAGACAUAGUGUGAAAAAAAUGCGAGUCUUUUGGGGAAUCCAAAUGCUUCCUGGGGCUGGCAAGGGUGUGAAAGAUGGUGAGCCGAGGCAGGUGACUUCAGCUCCCCUCCUGGGACUACUGGAGGAGACUCUGUCCUCUCACAUAGUGGGCUGGCAGGGGUCUUGCUCUGUGGCCUAAAGUGAGUAUCCUCCCACCGGGCCUCCCUUUCAUCCCCACAACCUGGAGACCCUUCCAGAGACAAGAGCUUCAGGUAGCCCCCAAGGCUAUGCAUGCCUUAAUUAGGGGCUGUUGGUCCACUGUGCAGUGUCAGUCAUUUAGAAAUAGAACAUACCAAAAUAAAUAAAUUAGGUCAUGCACAGUUCACACAAUGUACAGAUGUGUGUGUAGAAAAAAAACCUCUGACCGGAUGUAUAGCACUAUGUUAACAGUAGCUUUCUUUGGGUACUGGAAUUACAGGGGAGCUUUGGAGAUCUUUCCUUCUAACCUUAUGUUAUCUACCCACUCCACCCUGACCCAUCUUUGCCUAUGUCCUUGUCUCCAGAUCUAAGCUCAACCACCAAGUCCUGGGGAGCCACUGUCCCUUAUGUCCAGGGUUUCACUGUAACCAGACAUUUAUGAAAUGACCCAUCAGGCUAUCGGCUCCAUGAGGGCUCUAUGCAUAGAGCCUGCCCUGGCAAAACAAAUCUACCGUGUAGAUGAAUGAGAACUAAGACAGUGGUUUUUUGCUUUGUUUUGUUUUGUUUUGUUUUAAAGACACCUGCUGACUCAGGAGCCUGCAAGGAGGACCUAUCCUGAGGAGAGGACAGACCUGCCCUCUGUACUCACCGAUCAUAUCAAGCAGAUCCUUUGUGACCUCUUGGCUAGAAUUGCUGAGUGGCAUGUUUGAGUCAACCUUCAAAUCUUUCUCCAUAUCUUUCCUGCAACCCCCAGGUAGGAAAAAAAAAAGAAGAAGAAGAAGAAGAAGAAGAAGAAGAAGAAGAAGAAGAAGAAGAAGAAGAAAAGGUGGAGGAUUAGAGCCUCUUUCAAGAAAAUAUCGUGGGGAACUCAGUGUUAGAUAAUCUUAAAAACAAAAAUACACUGGCAACUUUAAAUCAGCUCCUGUGCUGUGUAUACAGGACAACUGGAAACUGCUAAAUCAGUGAAGUUGACUAAUAACAACAUCCUAAUGACUCACAGGCAUCACAGAUAGUGCAUUAAUGAGUAUGAAUGCCCAUAUAACAUUUGUAGAAUUGAAUCAAAUGGCUUCUUCUUUCUCUGCCUCCAUGGAAGCCAAGAUGGCAGGACCCUGAAGUUUCAUCCCAUAUGGUCAUCCUUUCUCCAAAGCAAGGUGCCUAAAACCAGGCAGUUUAAACCUACCAGGGAGAAGGGUGCCCGACUGGCUCAGUCAGAAGAGCAUGUGACUCUUGGUCUCAGGGUGGUGAGUUCAAACCCCACGUUGGGUGUAGAGAUUACUUAAAUAAAUAAACUUUAAAACUACCAGGGAGAAAAAAAGGUCUAGGGGACAUCUUAACCCAGUGAUGGCCUAAAAAACCGGUGGGGUGGGGUGGGGUGUGGGUGAAGGGAGCAAAAACAAGGAUGAAGGCAGGAAGUAUCCAUUCAGCCUGUCCCUAGUAUGGACAUUGUUUCUGCAGCAUAAAAAAUAAAGCAUUUUAGAAAUCAGGUUCUCUAACAUUCAGUAUCCCUGUGGGACCUGCAAGGCAGUUUCUAGGACUAGUCUGAUGGUCCUAGAGGGGAGGCAAAGGCAGUGCUACAAAUUCGAUUUAGGGACUUCAGACAUUUUCAGAAAUGCGAUCCCCCUAACCGUAACUUUUUACACUGGCAAACUGGAAUCACCUUAGGCUGUCUUUUCUCCAGUUCUCCCCAUCUCCCGCAGCUCUCCAAAACUGUCUUUCGGGUGCCCAAAUGGAGGAAUGCAUCAAUACGUUUUCCUUACUGGUCAGAGGUUUUCUUUUCGCGCAUAAAGCAUGUGGCUUUGCAUUCAUUGGGGCAUGGUUUGGAGCAAAGGCAGGGCUCUCUGUCUCAGAAGCACAAGGGACUGGAGCAAAAGGAGCAGGGGAGGAGGAGCAGGCUGCCAGCGGGUGCCUCCUGCAGAGGAGCCGGUGCACUGGGAGGGGGAAGGAGAGCGGCGGCGCGGUAUCCUGCUCCAGCCUCUGCUGGUCUGAGCACUCCUGGGAAUGACUGACACCUUCAAAGGCUCGGUCAAUGGCUGCAGUCAGCUCCUUUCUGCAUCUUCUCAGUUUUUCAGACAUUUCCCCUAAAAGCGACCACGUCUUUAUUAUGUAAUACAUUGCAAAUGCACAGAGCAUCAUGAGUAUAACGUUACAGAUGAAGUUGCAAACCACCCCUGAAAGGCGCAUCUCCUGGAGCUUGAUCCACGCCACAGGGCAGAGGCCACAGUAACCCACACUCCAGGUGUGGGGGGCCGGGGGGGCUUCCUCCCGUGCGGCGGGUGUGGCCCCUGAUUCUCGGGAGGAACCUGCAAUCUGCCGGGAGCCCCAGGGACGCCCGAACCCGCCUCCCCCGGCUCCCGGCCCGCCCGCCCCUGCCGCCUGUCCAGUCAUCUCCGCGGCCCCCUCGGCCCUCGCCAGCAGCCCGCAGUCGGCCCUUGGGCGAAGGUCCGCAGCCACGUCCUCACCCAGCAACGCCGCCACACCGCCACCCCCGCCAACGGUCGCCGCGCGUGCACGAGAACGGCGCUCCCGCUCCAAGGUUAAAGGUCAGACAAGAAUGCCGGGACGACCACCUAGUUCUUUAAACCCAUGGGGCCCAGAGGGGAAGCGAGCUAGCGGGAUCCCCGCCUCCCUCCCCCACCCAGCGAGCCCAAUGAGGACUGCGGGCGGGAUGGCCUGGGGUUGGGGGGCGGGGUGUGGAGGGGGGCGGGGGGAAGGACCGCCCAGAAGCCGCUGCAGGGGCGAUCUCAUUUCUUACCAAAGUUGGCAAGAAGGGAAAGGUUCCUGUGCUCCAGCUGACAUGGAGAGAAACCGGAUGGGCCACCGUACCCAGCAGUUUUGUGAACCGACUUCUUUUAAGUGAGAUCUAAUAAAAGCUCCACACCGUAUCCAACGGUCUAAAUUCAUCAAGGAUGGUGAGGGACAUAACAGAACUGCUAGGUUCCACACGAGAUUGCAGGGCAGGAGACCCCAACACCAAUUCUUUUCAUUUCAUUAGGGGGAAGAAAGAUGGAAAUUCCAAGAUGGCUCAAAGGGACACAGAAACGGGCUUCAGUGGCUAAUUUUGAGGGAAUUACAAACCCAUCUCAGUGCACAGCAAGGGAGAAGGGGACAAUAUCAAGUGAACUUGAGGCUUGGUUUACUGCCGGCAGACUGCUGGGGUGACCAGUAAUCAGCACCAGAAUAAGAAAUCCAGGAGCUCAGGGCAGCCUCCUGCAUGUCUGUCUUCACGGCCACCAUACUCCAUUACUGUUCCUCUCCAUUCUUUGGAAUUCACAGGACUUACUCCACUGUGCACCCCCACCCCCUACUUUGCAGCUCCACAGGUCUUAUGAGAAAUUUCUCACCACCUGCAUAAAAAGAAAAAUAA